AUGACCGCUGCAGUCGCAUCCAACAAUACAACCUCGGACGAAGCUCGUCGAGCCGCUCAAAGCUAUCUCAACAACCGUCUCACAACCAAGUCAGACGGACCAGCUCGACCUUUCAAUGUUCCUGUCAUCGACAUCUCAUCAACCUUCGAUGGUACUCUUGAGGACAAACAGGCCGUAGCAUCUCAAAUCCGUGAUGCCUGCACCAACAGCGGCUUCUUCCAAAUUACUGGCCACAAUGUUCCUGAAUCCGUUCGCCAAGGCGUCCUGAAGCAGGCCUCCAACUUCUUCAAGCAACUGCCUCCUGCUCAGAAAGACGAGCUACACGUCAAGCACAAUGCGUUGAUGCGUGGAUGGGAACCCUCGGACUACACCUAUGUGAAUCCCGAUGACUGGGCCACCGCUGCUGUACCGGAAACAAAGGAAGGCUUCAAUUGGGGAUAUGAAGCUUCUCUUGACCCUACCGGCGGUGAUGGCAAAUACCGCGAUCUUGACGGCAGCACCGAAAACGGCAAUGUCUGGCCUGACGACUCGGCUAUACCUGGCUUCAAGCAAGACAUUGCAGAGUACUACGGUCAAGUCCUCCAACUCGCCCGUCACCUGUUCAGACUAUUUGCCCUCAGCUUGGACCUGCCGGAAACCCACUUCGAUGAGAUGAUGACGCAUCCAGGCGGUAUCUCUCGUCUCUUGUACUAUCCUCCUUCAAAAGAUCCCAAGCCCUUGGAUCCCAACGAAGCAGACAAGCAAGUCGGACUUGGAUCGCACACCGACUACGAAUGCUUCACCCUUCUUCUCUCAUCCACAACCCACGGUCUAGAAAUCUUGACACCAGAUAACGUCUGGACGCCAGCGACAGCUGUCGAAGGCGCAUUCAUCGUAAACGUCGCCGAUUUUCUGAUGAGAUGGACAAAUGGAGUCUACAAGAGCACUAUCCACCGUGUUGUGAACAGAACCACAAAAGAACGAUACAGCGUUCCCUUCUUCUUCAGCAUCAACUACGAUCAACUUGUCGAAACACUACCAAGCUGUAUCUCCGAUAAAAACCCUUCAAGAUACCCACCGAUUCGUGCCGGCGAGUAUGUAUUAGAGCGACUGAAGGCUACCGUCAAAGACGGUUGA